GGUGUCGAGAGGCGCCGCCGGUCGCGAGGCGUUGGAGGCGCGAGCUGCGGCGCGAGGUGAGGUGAUGCGAGGGGACGUGAGGGGCACGCGAGCUUCUUCAGAGCACGGCGUCGCGUCUCUACUGGAAGUGGAAGUGAAAGGGUCCAGGGAAAGGCCCCUGCAUCCAUGGACACGAUGACCAAAAGCCGGCUCUUCCGCCUGUGGCUGGUCCUGGGGUCUGUGUUCAUGAUCCUCCUGAUCAUCGUGUACUGGGACAACAUGGGCUCCACCCACUUCAACCUGCACAAGUCCCUCUCCAGGCCGCACGUGCUGAAGCCCUUCCCCAGCCCCAAUUCAGCGCCUGGGGACGUCUUCACCUCCAGCCUCGAGAUUUGGGAGAGCUUCGUCAGGGAGAAGCAGCGCCCCCUUUUGGGUAAAAGGGUGGAGCAGCCCUCCCUGCCGGCCUCCAGCAAGCCUGUGCUCGGCAACCUGGAGGAGAGCGUGAGGGGCUACGACUGGUCCAGCCACACUGCCCAGCAGAGUCCGGACCCGGAUGGGCGGCAGGCCGAGCGGAGGAGCGUGCUGAGGGAGUUCUGUGCCAACGCCAGCUUCGUGUUCCCCACCAAGGAGCGCUCCUUCGAUGACAUCCCCAACUACGAGCUGAACCACCUCAUCGUGGACGACCGCCACGGGGUCAUCUACUGCUACGUGCCCAAGGUGGCCUGCACCAACUGGAAACGCGUGAUGAUCGUCCUGAGCCAGAGCCUCUCAGACCAGGGCACGCCCUACCGCGACCCCCUGGACAUCCCCCGGGAGUACGUCCACAACUCCAGCACCCACCUGACCUUCAACAAGUUCUGGCGCCGCUACGGGAAGUUCUCCAGGCACCUCAUGAAGAUUAAGCUGAAGAAGUACACCAAGUUCCUGUUCGUACGCGACCCCUUCGUGCGCCUCAUCUCGGCUUUCCGCAGCAAGUUCGAGCUGGAGAACGAGGAGUUCUACCAGAAGUUCGCCGUCCCCAUGCUGAGGAUGUACUCCAACCACAGCAGCCUGCCCGCCUCGGUCAGCGAGGCCUUCAGCGCCGGGCUCAGGGUGUCCUUCGCCAACUUCAUCCAGUACCUGCUGGACCCACACACGGAGGAGCUGGCGCCCUUCAACGAGCACUGGCGGCAGGUGCACCGCCUCUGCCACCCCUGCCAGAUCGACUACGACUUCGUGGGCAAGCUGGAGACGCUGGACCAGGACGCCGCCCAGCUGCUGCGGCUCCUCAAGGUGGACCGGCUGCUCCAGUUCCCCCCGAGUUACCGCAACAGGACUGCCAGCAGCUGGGAGGAAGGCUGGUUUGCCAACAUCCCCCUGGCCUGGAGGCAGCAGCUAUACAAACUCUACGAAGCAGACUUUGUUCUCUUCGGCUACCCCAAACCUGAAAAUCUGCUUAGAGACUGAAGGCGCUGGGGGAGAUCCUGAACACCAAAAAAAAAGUGCUUGUGUUGUUCCUUUCAACCUGAAGGAAGGGCCGGUGGUACCGCGACCAUCUUCCAGAGGAUGGAGCACUGGCCUGCCACAUAUAUUUUUUUACGGCUUCGUUUCUCUCCUGGUGUGAAUUCCACAGUGCUCGGUUGAUGAGCCCGCUGGAAACACCUGGAACUGAUCACACCCACACUCCAGUUUGUAAAAUAACCUAUGGUUUUGCAGUCUAGACUUACUGUUUACUGCUUCCCUGUAUUCAUUGAGUACUGUGUUAAUAUUGUUUUUUUAAGAUUAAUAUAUUUCAGAUAUUUAAUAUGAAAAGUGGAGAAGGAAGUGGUGGAGUAAAAGGUUAUACCUGCUCCUGCCGCCUGCACUGUGGUUCUUCCGGUGGGGCAACACGCUCACGAGGGGCCCUGAGCAAUGCUGUGGCCCACGCUUAGGCCUCAGGGCCUCGAUUUCAGGAAGGGAGGGUUCCUGGUUGUCUUCAGCAAAAAGGAGGACCUUAAGUUUACCAUCAGGCCUUCCUGUAUUUGUGCAAGGGCAGCACAUCCUCCAAAAGUGAAAGCUCUUUUGUUGUUUAGUCGUUCAGUCGUGUCCGACUCUUUGUGAACUCAUGGACUGCCAGGCUCCUCUGUCCAUAGAAUUCUCUAGGCAAGAACACUGGAGUGGGUUGCCAUUCCCUUCUCCAUGGGAUCUUCCCUACCCAGGGAUCAAACUCGGGUCUCCUGCUUGGCGAGUGGGUUCUUUACCACUGAGGCAGUGGGGAAGCUCCGGGAUUAGGUGAUCCAUGAGAAAAAGGAGGGCUGGGGUGUUUUCUUUGGGGAAUUAUUUCGUCUUGCAUCAUCCGGAGGUGAUGUUAAUGAAGACCCCUGGUUUGCACUUGUCCCUGCCUUUGCUUGAGUGCUUUAGAUGAGAACCAGAUUUCACCCGUCAGGCCUGCCGGAGGUGAUUCCACUUGGCUGUCUUGGUCACCACCCGGAGGGCAUCUGCUCUUGGUGAUGGCACCAUCAUGCCCGCGGACCAGGAUCUGCUGGGUGACUUUUGUCGGUGAUGGGCAAACACGGCCUGUCUUCCUGCGUCUGCACUUGGCGGAUUUUGAGUGUGAGAGCUUGCAGUCCUGGUGGGAGGCUGGCAGGACUGUCAGCACGUGUGCUGUGCCUGGAGUGUAUAGCUGAGAAGUACAGCUUAGGUCUCCAGGCCUUCAGAACGUCCCUGCUGCGGUGGGGACUGCGCACACUUCAGCCGGGUGCGGGCUUGAGUGGGGCGGCGCCGACCUCUGAAGGGAAGAAAGCUCCCUCGGAGGGGCAGGGGCACAGUGCCGGCCCGACGGUCAGCAGCGGUGCGCGGAGCAAGAGGAUCUACAGACUGGGAACACGGAGGGUCAGCUCCAGCCCCAUCCAAAACAGGGGAAGAGUGAAGUUCAAACCCCAGCCCACACACCUCCACCCUCGCCAGCACGGCCUCCACGUGGCCCCGUGCUCCCUGCAGCGCCCCUCACCAGGAGUGGGGGCAGUGGGGGCGGCAGGGAGUGGAAGGCACACCCCCCCAGACCCAGGGCACAGCAGUGUCCACUGGGCCUGUCGGAGAAGUGAAAACGGUGAAGAGAAGUCCAGCGAGAGAUUGGAGGAUGGGGAGAUGGGAUUUCAAAGCACUCAUCCGUGCACAGUCCCCACCUUGCCCACCUGGGCCCCACGGUCACUGGCUGCCGGUACUUUGUGUCCCUUCAUCCAGCUCUGAGGCCGAACAGCCCCCUGGACACCAGAAGGGAAAAGCUGCGGGCUGGAGGAGACAUGGGCUGAGCCAUGAUUCGGGGAUGGAUUUUUCCACCCCAGUCGCUGGAGGGCAGCGGCAUCAGGCAGCAGACUGCUGGGUGGAGAGUUUGAGAAAGAAGUGUAUGAAGUGAGGGAUCCAAGACUCCUCCCGAGAUCUGGACACCACCCCUGUUUACAGCGAGAUGAGUGUCCUUAAGGAACAAGCAAGCACUUCUGUGGGCUCAGUUCAAACAUCUGAGCUUCUUCCCAGGAAAAUUCUAGCGGAAACUCUGGCUUUGACAAAACCACUCUUACUUCAAAGCCCUUUACAGAAAUUGGGGGCUUAAAAACAAUCCAGAUGAAACAGUUUUGCCAUUUCAGUUGGUUUUCUCCCAGAGUAUCUUGCUUCCAGGAGGUUUCCAGAAUACUUUGGUUUCAAAAC